UUCGCGCUAGCCUGAUGCUGGUCUCUGUGGAGGAGACUUCAUCAGAUCUUCCGCGGUAAACCUGUAAAUAAUGCGCAUGCGUGCGGGCUGUAGCGCGCGGAUAGCCGGCUGUGAGAGUUAUUCUGGACUCUAAACUGGAUAAUUCUGUGACCGGUGAGUAAAAACCCGCCGACCGGCUUUAUGCCGUUCCGUCUCUAGGCUAGGCUAGGCUAGGCUAAGCUAAGCUAAGCUAGGCUCUUCCUGCAGCAUGUACCCUGCGUGGGGCGGUUAUGGCGGCGGAGGCCCGCAGCCUCAGCACUUCGCCCCGCGCGCUCCUCCGUUCCGCGGCCCGCCCCCGCCCUCCGCCGGAGGUUUCCCCGGAUAUGGAGCUCCGGCUCCGGCGGCUCCGUCCAACUUCUCGAGUCUACACGAGCAGCACCUCCAGCAGAUGCAGCAGCUCCAGCAGCUCCACCAGAGACAGCUUCAGUCAGUGCUGCACUACAACAACAACAAUGCUAACAGUGCUAACAGUGCUAACCCCGGCUUCAGCGCCGCUCCGGGACCCCCGCCCCCUCCACCCUGGACCGGACCCGCGCCGGGAUUCCCGCCGCCUCCGGCGCACUUUGACCCGGACCCUGCUCAGAGCAGAGGCGCGGCCCCACCGGAACCUCCACCUGCGGCGCCGAACACCACCAGUACCACCAGCACCACCAGCACGCCGGCCCCGACACACACCUCCACCGGCCCCGCCGAGACUGGAGCAGCAGACCCGAAGGAGAAGCCCGCUGACCUGGCCACCAUGUCCCUGCAGGAGCAGCAGGAUUAUUGGUAUAAACAGCACCUUCAAAACCUCCAGAAGCUAAAGUGUGAAAGAGAAAAGCAGGGGAGCACUGACACUUCUUCAGAGAAGCCACCAGUCCCGCCCCCACCCAAUGAUGCCCCGCCCCCUCCGCCACCCAAAGAGGAGCCUCCUCCUCCUCCCCCGCCUGAUGACAAGCCCAGCAUGGUGGAGUGUGCCGACCCGGUUGAGGCAGCCAGGUUGCAGCAGUUGCAGGCGGCAGCGGCUCGGUGGCAGCAGGUUCAGUAUCACAGAGCGGGGUACCAGUACCAGGCCCUAAUGCAGGAACACACACAGCUCCAACAGAUCCUGCACCGGUACCAGCAGGUCAUCCAGCAGCCUGCACACAUACAGUCCAUGUCUGUAGACCUGCAGUUGCAGCAUUAUGAAAUGCAGCAGCAGCAGUUUGCUCCAGUGCUACAGGACUGGGAGAGACACUUUAAGCUCUGGCUGGACCAGUUCCAGGCGUACCCCCACAAAGACCAGUUACAGGAGUAUGAAGGUCAAUGGAGACAGUGGCAGGAGCAAAUGAACUCUACUUCAGCUCAUCUGAGCGAGCGAGUGACCACACUGAGGGGCAUGAAACAGUCUUAUGGAACCGGUGGUGUGGUAGGACCAUAUGGACAGCCACGACCUCCUGCACCAGACAUGAGCCCCUCAAUGGCACCAAAUAGUAAGGAUCCCUCCUCAGGCCCUUCUCAGACCACACAUCCAGGCAAUCUCCCAGGAGCAAAUUCUGUAGAAUCAGUUCCAGUUCCUGGAUCAGAAGGUCCUAUUUGUCCUCCUGGAAUAGCACAAAGACAACCUGGUCCCCAUGGAAGGUUUGAGGGCCCAAGAGGUCCAAGGUUUGAAGCUCCUAGGGGUCCGAGGUUUGAACCACCAUCACAACAACGGUUUGGUGGACCACCCAAAUUUGAUGGUGGUCAGCGCUUUGGAGUACCUCCUCGAGGCAAUCAGAUUCGACCAGGACCUCCAGGUAGAUUUGAAAGUACACUGAGGCAUAGUCCACCUUCCCGUUUUGAGAGACCCCCUGGACCACACCUGGGUCCUCCCACCGGUCCUCCUGCUGGUCUCCCCCUGGGUCCUCCCACUGGAGCUCCUACAGUUCCUCCUAUUUUUCCUUCUACUGGUCCACCUCUACCAUCUGGUUCUGGCUCACAAGAUAAACCUGGUCCUGUAAAUCAAACUAACUUGCAAAUGGGGAAACCUGACUCUUCUCAAGGUUCACUACCUCGAAGUGCAACAACAGUUAAGAAGGAAGAUAAAAGCCCUCAAAAUGAAAUGGAGCUUAAAUCCAUGUCAGAUGAUGUAAUAGAGUCAGAUGAUGGUUUUUUUGUUCAAAGUGAUCCUAUUCCUCAGUCUAAAGUCGACAUAAGCAAGAAGGUUGAGCCAGUCAGACAGGCUGUAAAGGAGGAGGAAUCAGGAAAGGAUUUUUCUAAAACUGCUUUAACAUCCAUGUCCAUGCCUCCCCCACCAAGUCUAUCCCAAAGUGCUGGCAAUAAAAUGGAAGCAUCGAAAAAUAUCAGUGCAGCACAACACCGGACACAGCCUCAACAAGGCCCGUUCCAAACUGACAUGCCCAAGGAACCACUUGGUACACCGCAUGAGAUGAAUCAGAGUGGUCCUCCACGUGCUCUCCGUGGCCGUGGGAGAGGUCAGGGUCCUUUACAAAUGCGAGGAAGAGGACGUGGACGUGGUCGAGGACAGAUGGGCAGACCCAUGGGUCCUCCAUCGAUGCCGGAUCCCAGUUAUCAUGGGGAAGAUGCUUCAUAUGACCAUCAGCCACCAUUGGAAGAGGAUUAUGGUUGGGGGGACCAUUCCCAAGAACCCCAUGGAAUGAUGAAUGAACAGGAAGCUCAUGAGAUGUGGCAACCAGAAGAGCACCACUUCCAAAAAGAAUACUAUGAAGAGACAGAAGAGCGAGCACCACCUAGAGGCCGAAUGGAUCCUGCAGAGGGACCGCAGGAACAUUGGGAGGAGGAACAAUCGGAGUACUGGGAAGAGGGCGAUCCAUACUGGGCAGAGAGAAGACCUCCAAUGAUGCAGCAUAGGCUCUCUUUUCCUCCUGAUGGACCUAGGCGUCCUCCUUUUCACCCACGUUUCAUGCACCAUGGUCCAAGACAUCCUCCACCACCAAUGGACAUGGAGCGUGACCCACGUGGCCCCCCUCCCCACAUGGGCCCUCGUUUCCGACGUGGUGGUCCAGGUCCCUGGGGACCACCUCCUCCACGCCAUGAGAUGAUGAGACGCCCUCCUCCACCACCUCAUGAAUUGUUGGAAAGGGAGCCAGUGCGUCCACCCGGGUAUUGUGAAGACAUGGACAGAGAUCCUGAUUGGCCUCAUUCUCAUGGCCGAGAACCCAGGCACCCUCGUGAAAUAUUAGAGAGGGAUAUGAGAAGGCCACCCAUGCGCCGACAUCCAAUGGCAAGAGAUAGGUGGAGACCUCCACAUGAAGAUCCUCAGGAGGCGUAUGAAGAAGAAUAUGGUACUGAGUUUGGACCAGAGGACGAUGGGUAUGGAAGACCUCCAUCUGAGUAUCGUCCCCGAGAUUACAGGGAAGACGAAGAAUUCUACCUCUCGAGAGAGGAAUGGAGACGAGAGCGGCCGGAUCGUGAUUUUCCUCCAGAUCGUGAUUUUCCUGCGCAUCCACCACGUGGGCCACCACCAGAGCACCUUAGAGAUGAUUCCUGGAGGGAGGAAAGGGACAGACCAUUUCCAUAUGAGAGUGAGGAUCGAAUCAGGUCAGAUAGAAGGGGACCUGGUUAUGCUGAUGGAUCUCUGUAUAGGGACAGAGAUCGGGAACCUCCAUUUCAUUCUCAUCCUGAUUGGGAAAGACCUCCACCACCUCCACUCCCAGAGAGGGUGUACCCGGAUCCUAAUGAAGAACCUCAUCCUCUUUAUGAUCGGAACCCAGAGCUCUCCAUGGCACCACAGAGCAGUGUUCCAGAAGCACAGAUCUCACCAGGUGGAACCAAAACUGUUCUUGCGCUUUCUCAAAGGCAGCACGAGAUCAUUCUCAAGGCUGCUCAGGAGCUAAAAUUGAUCAGAGAGAUGCAGGAGAGUAAAAAAGUUCUGGGAGAUGCUUCUAAUCCAGAAUCUGCUGUACUGCAACCUGAAAUACCUGCUGGUCUUCUUGGACUUGAAAUCCCCCGUGAGGUUAAAACUGCCCUUCAGGAUGUUUCUGGGAGACUCUUGGAAACUGGGAUGCACCAGCUAAACUCGGUUGCGGAUUUCCUUCAUACACCAGCACCACCACCUCCCAAACCGACCUUCAUCGCUAAAACCGUGGAUUAUGGUCAUGGUCACGAUGUGGGUACCAAGGUGGAAAGAAUCUCAUACGGGGAGAGGAUAGUGUUGCGGCCUGAUCCGCUGCCAUCUGAGCGACCUUAUGAGAAAGAACUGCUUGGACGUCGUGAUCCGUACUAUGACAGAAGGGGCGAUCCCUACCCGGACCAGCGGGAGUAUGGAAGAGAUCGGGAAAGAGAAAUGUUCAGAGACAGGCCACCCCUAGAUUACGACCGGGAUCGACCUGAAAGGGAGCGCUUCUCCAGAGAUGAGAGGCCACCCCCAGGCCCACCUCGAGGUGCUUACAGGGAUCGAGAGAGGGAUGUCCGCGAGCACUCAAGUCGCUCCAGCAGAGAUCGGGAGUCGUAUACGCGACCGGGCUACGAGCGAUCUUCAUACGAGCGAGGUCUCGAGCGCUACGAUCACGGGCCUUCAGGUUAUGGAAAUGACAGGAGGAGUUACCCUGAUGAACCUGCUCCACCUCCGUCUGCUCCCCAGCGGGUGGAGAAGAAACCCGAGACCAAGAACGUCGACGAUAUUCUGAAACCACCUGGACGAGCAAAUCGUCCUGACAGGAUCGUGGUGAUAAUGCGAGGCUUACCAGGAAGUGGGAAAAGCCAUCUGGCUAAACUCAUCCGGGAUAAAGAGGUGGAGUUUGGAGGAGCUCCGCCCAGAGUCCUUGGCCUCGAUGACUAUUUCAUGACUGAAGUGGAAAAAGAAGAGAAAGACCCUGAUACUGGGAAACGUGUUAAGACUAAGGUCCUUGAGUACGAAUAUGAGCCGGAGAUGGAGGACACGUACAGGAACAGCAUGCUGAAGACCUUCAGGAAGACGCUGGACGAUGGCUUCUUCCCCUUCAUCAUCCUCGACGCCAUCAAUGAGAGAGUGAAGUACUUCGAUCAGUUCUGGAGUGCAGCCAAGACCAAAGGGUUUGAGGUCUAUGUGGCCGAAGUGUCUGCUGACCACCAGACCUGUGCCAAGAGGAACAUCCACGGGCGCAAGCUGAAGGACAUCACAAAGCUGGCGAACAUCUGGGAGUCGGCCCCAGUGCACAUGGCACGCCUGGACCUCCGCUCGCUCCUGCAGGACGCCGCCAUCGAGGAGGUGGAGAUGGAGGACUUCACCCCGUCUGAGACGGACGCCGUGGCUGAGGAGAAGAAGGAGGAAGAGGAGGAGGCGGAUCUGGGAUACCUUCCCAAAAGCAAAUGGGAGAUGGACACGUCCGAGGCCAAACUGGAUAAGCUGGACGGUUUAGCUGGAGGAGGAAAGAGGAAGCGAGACAUCUCGGCUAUGGAGGACUUUUUACAGCUUCCGGACGAUUACGCCAGCCGCAUGUCCCAGCCGGGCAAGAAGAGGGUGCGCUGGGCUGAUCUGGAGGAGCAGAAGGACGCUGAUCGUAAGCGAGCGAUCGGGUUUGUAGUGGGACAGACGGACUGGGAGAAGAUCACGGACGAGAGCGGACAGUUAGCUCAGCGUGCGCUCAAUCGCACUAAAUAUUUUUAGAGCUGUUUAUACUGGGCCUCUGUACACACUGCACACGGUUUUUUCUCGGCGGUCAUCAUGAUGGGAGGAGCUCCAUGCUGUGAUUAAUUGUGCUGAUUAGGCCACGCCCCUCUGACUCCUCCCCCUGCAGUAUCUUAAAUGUUUUCUUACCCUGAAUGUUUCUUUUUUAGUUUUUAUGCGUUACUCAGGUGAUGACCUGCAGUUAUUGAUGUUUAUUUGAUGCGAAGUGUUAAUGUUCUUUUGUUUUUUAAUUGAUAUUCUCCAUGUGUUUCUCACACACACACCCUAAUAAACAGCACAGUAAACAGUGUGACACACA